CGGAGUAAAAAUUUUAAGCCUGACUGAGGUCCCAUGCUAAUUAAUUUUGAGAGAUAAGAGUCAACUUUCUAAAUUGCACCAAGCCAUCUGCAUUUAGUAUAUAACGCGUAUCAGUACUCAUUUCUUUCUCUCGCUGCCAGCCAGCUCAACCUGUCACAUUUUCCAUUUCCUGCUGGUACCUUUUCCCUCCAAACGAUUGCCUUUGCCUCUUAGAGUCACUGCCUCGUGAAUUUUAUCGCGCCAAAUUUUUUCACAUCCCCGCACCAUGUCUGAUUUGGAGAAACAGUAUAUCCCCGAAAAGACGGAUCUCCCAAAUUCGUACCAGUACGAAAAUGAUUCGACUUCCGUCGAAGUGAAUGCCACUACUGCCACCGAGACCAGACUCACUUUCAAUGACAGAGUCGCUCAGAUGUUCCACGCCGAAACUAGAGGCGUUGAAAUCGUCCCUGACGAGGAAAAGAUCGAUUCUUCGAUCUGGACCGCGGCAUCCAUGUGGUUUUCCGCCAACUUUGUCAUUGCCACCUUCUCUCUCGGUGCGUUGGGUCACGGUAUCUGGGACUUGAACUUCGGGACCAGUUGUCUUACCAUUGUCUUCUUCUCGAUCUUGGGGGUUAUUCCAGUUGCUCUUUUCUCUGUUUUCGGGGCCAAGUUUGGGUUGAGACAGUUGAUCUUGUCUCGUUUUCUUGUUGGUAACUUCACCGCCCGUAUCUUUGCCUUCAUCAAUGUGAUUGCCUGUGUUGGUUGGGGUGCCGUUAACAUCAUGGUUUCCGCCCAGUUGUUGCACUCCAUCAACGGCGGUGUGUUACCACCUUGGGCCGGUUGUUUGAUUCUUGUCGUCUGUACCAUCAUUGUCACCUUCUUUGGCUACAAUGUUAUUCACAUGUACGAAAAGUGGUCCUGGGUGCCAAAUCUUUUCUCCUUCUUGAUUGUCCUUGCGCGCAUGAAGAUUUCUGGCAACUUUACCCAGGGUGAAUGGACCUCGGGUCCCACCACUGCCGGUGGUGUGCUCUCGUUCGGCGGUGCCAUUUUCGGUUUCGCUACCGGCUGGACCACCUAUGCCGCUGAUUACACCGUCUAUAUGCCUAAGAACACCAGCUCUCUCAAGAUUUUCGUCUCCGUCGUUCUCGGGUGCUUGAUCCCAACUUGGUUCUGCAUGAUUUUGGGUGCCGCCUGUGUCAUGGGUAUCGACACCAGCGCCCGCUGGAAAGAGUUGUACGACACCCAGUCCAUCGGUGGUUUGAUUUUCGCUAUUUUGGUCGAAGACUCCUUGGGGAAAUUUGGCGAGUUUGUCUGUGUUUUGCUUGCCAUGUCCACUGUGGCCAACAACAUUCCAAACAUGUACUCCCUCGGUCUUUCUGCCCAGUCUUUCCACUCGUCCUUCGAAAAGGUUCCAAGAGUGGUCUGGACCAUUUGUGGUAACUUCGUCACCUUGGCCAUCUGUAUCCCAGCCUACUACCACUUUUCCGACGUCAUGUCUAACUUCAUGAACUUGAUUGCCUACUACUUGGCCAUCUACCAGGCCAUUGCCUACUCUGAACACGUCAUCUACCGUAAGGGCUUUGCUAACUACGACCCAACCGACUACAACCAGUGGGAUAGAUUACCCCUCGGUAUCGCCGGUACCUUUGCCUUCUGCUGCGGUGUUGUUGGCUGUGUCUUGGGUAUGGGCCAGGUUUGGUACACCGGUGUCAUUGCCAAAAAGAUUGGUGAAUUCGGUGGUGACAUUGGUUUUGAGUUGGGCGCCUGUUUUGCCUUUGUUGCUUACAACGCGACCCGUUGGGCCGAAUUGAAGUAUUAUGGUCGUUAAAUUGAGGAAAGAGCUUAGGCGGAAUGUCAUGUUUGGUUUUUAUUUUAUGUUCCGCGCUGCUCUUGUGUAUAUUAGAAUUCGUGUGACUUGUAUAAUAUUUGCUAUGAAA